AUGGUCCUUGGCUGGGACACGGGCCUCAUCGGCGGUAUCCUUCGCACUGCCUCCUUCAAGCGCUCCUUCGGCCUCGAGCCAAACGUCGACCAGUCCAGCCACUACAUUUCGCAGAAGCAAGGCAAUAUCGUCUCCGUCCUCAACGCAGGCUGCAUGGCUGGCGGCUUCGGUGGCUUCUACUUUCCUGCACGCUUUGGGCACCGCAAGGUCAUUGCGGUGGGAAGCUUGCUGUUGCAGACGGGAGCCAUUAUCCAGACUUUUUGCCACCCGCAUGAAUUUGGAAUCACGCCUGCGACUAUCACCGCCGAGUCUCAGGACCGGGCCGUCAGGCAGCUCAUGGUGGGACGCUUCAUCAGUGGCAUGGGCAUCGGACUCUGCGCCUCCGCUCUUGUCCCUUACCACAAUGAGGUGGCCCCUUCCGCUAUACGAGGUCGUCUACAUGUCCUCGGCGCCCUGAAUGCAGUCAUCGGCAUCGCGCUCUCCUUCUGGGUCAACUAUGGUGUCCAAAGAGACGGCUACGAUGCCCAUGACACGCGCGUCUGGCGCAUCCCCUUUGGUCUCCAGACCCUCCCCGGCGCCGUCUUCAUGCUUGCAAUUGUCUUCAUACCCAACUCUCCUCGUUGGCUCAUCGAGAAGCGCGGAGACGAGAAAGCCGCUCGCCGCUCGCUCGCCAAGGUAUACAAUGGUGACCCGCACGACCCGCGUAUCAACGAGACCAUUGCAGAGAUCCAUGCCAGUAUCCGUCACAUGAACCACGACUUUGGCAAAAUGGCUAGAGAUGUCUCGACAUCUUCGGAUGGCACCUUGACAGAUGUUGCCCCUCGUGCUUCGCAUCGCGUCAAGUGGCGCUUGGUCUUCAAGGACCGCAAGACUGUCUUCCGGCUGUUUCUCGGCGGCUUCAUGAUGAUGAUACAGCAGUGGACCGGAACGAACGCUCUCAACUACUACUCGCCACAGAUCUUCUCGUCUCUGGGGCUUGGCAAUGUCGAGCUUUUGGCCACGGGCGUCUAUGGUAUCGUCAAGGUCUGCGGUGCCAUCUUCCUCCUACUGGUCGGCAUCGAGGGUUUGGGCAGAAAGUGGUGCAACAUCAUUGGUUCCGUUGGGCAGGUGACAGCCAUGUAUUGGAUUGGCAUCUACCUGCGCAUCCACCCGUCCGUCGAGGGGAAGAGCACGACCAUAAGCGCCGCCGGUUGGAUGACGGUCAUAAUGGUCUACCUGUUUGCCUUCUUCUUCGGCAUUGGCUGGGCCAGUGUAGCUUCCGCCUUCUCUUCUGAGUUGGCGCCCUGCAACGCCGAGCUCAGGUCCGUUUCGUGGGCCUUCGCGACCAUCAUCCAGUGGCUGUUCACGACGGUGAUAAGCAAGAUUGUGCCUCUCAUGCUGCAGGACUUGAAGUAUGGCACCUUCCUCUUCUUCGGCACGAUGACGGCUCUUGGUUGCCUCUUCGUCGUCUUUUGCCUUCCUGAGACGCAAGGCGUGCCCUUGGAGCGCAUCGAUGCCCUCUUUGAAGGGUCGACAAGGGACAUCGUCCGUCGGUCCCUCUUGACGAUUUCGCCUAGCGGACGUCGUCGCGUUCAUGCUGAGCUCGCUACUGGGGCUCUGUGA